AAGAAGACAGAAAAAUAACAGCAGAAGAAGAAACACGUGACGUCAUUCCAGAGGCGCCAACUCCGCAAGAGACAAAACACAACAUAACACGGAGUUGUGAGCAGUGUUUUCACCGUCUAGGUCUGCAGGAGACCGAGUUGUACAUCGAGUACAACUUCAACGUGAUGAGCGGAACAUCUCUAAGUCGUGUCCUCUCUCUCAGCCUGCUAGAAUGGACCUCAGCCCCUUUGAGACGGACAACUCGGUCAGCUGCAGACUGACCUCCGAGAUCCCGGAUGUGUGCCGGACUGAGGACUGCUGUUUGGGCAUUGACGAGGCAGGAAGGGGCCCUGUGCUGGGCCCCAUGGUGUAUGGAAUAUGUUUCUGUCCGGUGUCCAAAAAGCAGGAGCUGAAAGAAUCGAAAGUGGCAGAUUCAAAGACUCUAACAGAGGCAGAAAGAGAGAAUCUCUUUCAAAAACUGGAUGAAGCCAAAAGUUACGUCGGCUGGGCUCUUCAGAUUCUCUCACCAAACACCAUCUCCACCAGCAUGUUGCAGAGGACAAAAUACAACCUGAACGCCCUUUCACAUGACACAGCUAUUGGUCUGGUCCAGUAUGCCUUGGACAGUGGAGUACAGCUCAAAGAGGUAUUUGUGGACACAGUCGGCCCAGCGGAGAAGUACGAGGAGAAGCUCUCCAAGCUCUUCCCAGGUAUCGAUGUGACCGUGAGGCCAAAGGCCGACUCCCUCUUUCCCAUCGUCAGUGCCGCUAGUAUAUGUGCAAAGGUGGCCAGGGAUCGCAUUGUAAAGGGCUGGGCAUUCACUGAGGACCUGGGAGAGGUGGAUACGGACUACGGCUCCGGAUACCCUAAUGAUCCCAAGACUAAAGCGUGGUUGCUGAAGUACCUAGACCCUGUGUUCGGUUACCCUCAGUUUGUUCGAUUUAGCUGGAGCACUGCCCAAACCCUGAUGGACAGCAAGGGGGUGACGGUCCAUUGGGAGGACGAUGACGAGGACGGGGAGAAGUCGGCCCAGCGACAGAACAACAAGUCCAUGUUGGCCUACUUCAGUGCAUCGGGUGGAGGUAACGACCAAAAACAGACCCACCAGACGCACCGCUUCUUCACCGAGCGCAGGCUGAAGAGCCUCGACACGCUCUGAAGACAAAACAAUAGUGGACAUGCGGGAGUGUGAUGAAACAUUCUGGACAUUUUUGGUUUCUGUCACCAUUGCAGAUGUUUAUUGGUUCUGUUUGUGCAUUUUUUUUUCAAACUAUAUAAAAAUCUUUUUUGGUAAGAGCGCUGGUCUUAAAGUUCUAAACAAUACAUAUAAACAAAAAGGCAUUGCUGUGGAAGGAGUUUCAAUCCUCAAUGCUAAUACUGCCCUCUAGUGGCGUCAAGAUGAAACACCAGGAUUCGAAAAGGCUCUUACACACCCAGGACAGCUUGUUUUACUGACACUGACAUAGUAGUUCAUUAA